AUGCCGUCAAUCGACGUCGCCAUGGCGAGGAGCCUGAGGGGAGGAGCCAUGGGUUUAGUGGCCGCUUCGCUGCGGCCAGUGUUGGAACGCAGAGGUAUCACAGAUUCGGCCAACGAUAUUAAAAACAGUUUCAGCAGCUGGGACAACUGUAUGGCGGCCACAUACUGCAAAUGGCCAGUUAUCGCCGUGAUCGUUGUUGUCGGAUUGAUCAUAUUCUCGGUGGUAGUAUGUCUGGUCCGUUGUCUGUGUCUGGCCAAGUCUUGCUGCUGCGCCUGUUUCUCUUGCCUCAAAUGCUGUGGAAAUUGCUGUGGCUGCUGUGACCCGCCCAAAGGAGCACCGCACAAGCACCUGGAUGACCCUUACCACAACGCCCCUCCUACGCAACCUUACCGCGCGCAGGCCCCGAUGACAGCAGGGCCAACUGCACCCGCAUCCGCACCCACUGCCUUUGCUGCACACCAACCUCCCAAGUAUGCAGAGUUCGAUGUCAGCAAAAAGAGCUCAGGAAACGAUGAUGCACUGCCGGCCAUGCCAACUUGGGAAGAAUCUGCCACUACGAAGGUCAUGGUGGAGGAAACUGUUGAGCUGGAAACAAUCAAGAAGCCUGCGGCCUCGACCACUAGUCUGCACCAGCAAAGCGCUCCUUUGAUGGGUGCUCCGACGGUUGGCCCGGCGAGUCCGAUGUCUCCCACCUAUCGUGGUAGUCCCUACGGCGGCUACGAUGCCGGUGCUCAUGAUCCGUACAAUCGCAACGGCCCUGGCUAUGGUCCAUAUGGACAGGGAUCGGUACCAUCUCUUGACCAGGGAUAUGGAGCGGCUGGCACGAUGGCACAGGGCCAAGGGAGGAGAACCCCCGGCAGCAUGAACCGCGGACCCAGCCCGUAUGGUUCCCGUCCCGGCCCUGGCGUGGGAGGUAAUUACGACGGCUACAACGACCAGGGAUAUGCUGCAGGUAACUCCCAAAAUCCGCCUUAUGGCCGUGAUUUAGCCAGAAGACCCUCCGCCCCAGCUCAUCAAGGGGGGUAUGGUUACGAUGACAUGCCCGGGAGGACGCCUUCCGCCCCUCCCAUGGCAAACUAUGGCUACAACGAUGGGCCUAGAAACUCUGCGGCACCGCAAGGAGGAUACGGCUACAAUGGUGGAUCCAGGAGAUCGCCAGCACCGGAAGGAGAUUAUGCCUACAACGAUGGUUACGACAGCCGCCCUCCACAGCGUGAUCAAUACUCGCCCCUCGGCUCCCAAAAUCCUCCUCCUCAGCGCUCGUACACGAGCCCUAUGCCCACAGGCCCAUCCGUGCCUAUCCAGAACAACAGCAGCUAUGACCUGAACUCGGCAAGCAAUAGGUCGCAUCAGGACCAGGGCUAUGAUGAUGGUUAUGGUCACCCCCAGCCACAAUCUCAACAGAACACGGGUGGUUAUAGGGGAAAUAACCGCUCACCUCAGCCUCUAGUACGAUCAAACACAGGCGACACCGCCUACCCGGGCUUCAAGGCUUACCAACCGAACGCCCAGAACGAUUACAGGUAG